CUCCGCUCCACACGUGUGCCGGCUCUUACCCACUCCCGCUAUAAGGGCAGGGGAGCGAGUGCCGGCGCUGGCGAGGCGCGGGGCUCGGCGGGGAGCGGCGCAGGAAGGCAGCGGGCCAGGCGGGGCGGCCGCAGCUGCUUCCCGCGCCUGACAGCUGCGGGCACGGCGGGAGCGGCCGCACCUCCCCGGCCCGCCCGGGGCAGGCAGGCAGGGCCAGCCCUCGCCUCACGGCACAUGGCAGCGGAGCGCUCGGCCGCGCCGCAGGUUAGCUAGGGUCGGGCUCCGGCCAGCGCAUCCAGGCUCUCUAGGUCCGCCGAGUUACCGCAGGGAUUAAAAUGCAGCUGGCCGCCUGCUUCUUUCUGGGCUGCGGCAUAAUCUUAGCUUCAGGAUACAACUCCUUCAGUAAGAGCAUGGAGACGAUAGGCAAGAAGCAGUACCAGGUUCAGCACGGGUCGUGCAGCUACACCUUCCUCCUGCCCGAGGCGGACAACUGCCGCUCCUCCACCCCGUACGUGUCCAACGCGGUGCAAAGGGAUGCACCUCUGGACUAUGACGAUUCAGUUCAAAGACUGCAGCUACUUGAGAACAUCAUGGAAAACAACACUCAGUGGCUAAUGAAGCUUGAGAAUUACAUCCAAGACAGUAUGAAGAAAGAAAUGGUAGAGAUCCAGCAAACUGCAGUGCAGAACCAGACUGCAGUAAUGAUUGAAAUAGGCACAAACUUGCUAAAUCAAACAGCUGAACAGACCCGCAAAUUAACAGAUGUUGAAGCACAAGUAUCAAACCAGACAACCCGACUUGAACUUCAGCUUUUGGAACACUCUCUUUCAACAAACAAACUAGAAAGACAGAUUUCAGAUCAGACCAAUGAGAUAACUAAAUUACAAGAAAAAAACAGCUUUUUAGAAAAAAGAGUUCUUGAGAUGGAAGACAAGCACAUGCUUCAGCUGAAGUCAAUAAAAGAUGAAAAAGAUCAGCUUCAAGUCCUAGUAACCAGACAGAAUUCUAUUAUAGAAGAACUAGAAAAACAGCUAGUUACAGCUACAGUAAACAACUCAGUUCUGCAAAAACAGCAACAUGAUCUGAUGGAGACAGUUCAUAGCUUGCUUACUAUGAUAUCGACACCAAACUCUAAGAGCAAAUUCAUAGCCAAAGAAGAGCAAAUCAGCUUCAAAGACUGUGCUGAAGCUUUCAAAUCUGGACUGACAACAAGUGGAAUCUACACUUUAACAGUUUCAAACACUGCACAAGAGAAGAAGGCCUACUGUGACAUGGAAACUGGUGGAGGAGGUUGGACAGUUAUUCAGAAACGAGAAGAUGGCAGUGUGGACUUCCACCGGACAUGGAAGGAGUAUAAGAUGGGAUUUGGUGAUCCUGCUGGGGAGUACUGGCUGGGAAAUGAAUUUGUUUCUCAACUGACUAAUCAGAAGCGUUAUGUUCUUAAAAUACAACUGAAAGACUGGGAAGGAAAUGAGGCAUAUUCAUUGUAUGACCACUUCUCUCUAGCAAGUGAAGAACAAAAAUACAGGAUUUACCUUAAAGGACUUACUGGGACAGCAGGCAAAAUAAGUAGUAUAAGCCAACCAGGAAAUGAUUUUAGCACAAAGGAUGCAGACAAUGACAAAUGUAUUUGCAAAUGUUCACAAAUGCUAACAGGAGGAUGGUGGUUUGACGCAUGUGGUCCUUCUAACCUCAAUGGAAUGUACUAUCCAUUACGACAGAACAACAACAAGUUUAAUGGGAUCAAGUGGUACUACUGGAAGGGCUCGGGAUACUCUCUCAAAGCUACGACGAUGAUGAUUCGACCAGCAGAUUUCUAAAUGCUUUGUCAUUGUGUGAAUUAUGUUUUGUAUAGUCUUCAAAGACUUAUUUUACCAAGCAACUUGUCUCAUUUUUUCAAGCCCAGAAACAUGCACUAGUGUUCUGAAGGGGUCAGUACAGUACAGUUCCUGAAUUGCAAUUGUCUUGAUCAGCUAAAGCUCGUAUUAUUCAACCAGACACAAUGUCUAAAGCAUCGACCUGAUAUAACAGUGAUUUGGCCAAAUGACUCAAUAAAAAGAACAUCCAAGAAACCGUCAGACAACUUCAAGGACUCUGUUUUACUGAUCAUUUAUGUUAUGUAUGUGUUAGUAAAUAACUGGAACUGUGAAAAAACCCUAAAAUAGUUUUAGGAAUAUGCAUUUUGCCUCACCACUGAACUUUAAACAUUAAUAUAAAACACUUAUCUAGUUCUAGCUUAGUUCUAGCUAGAUCAAGAACUAUUUAUCGUUCUGUGUCAUGUGUGCCCUAUAUGUACAUAAAAAAAAACUUUUCUGUAAUUAGCUCAAUACUAUAGUUAGGGAAUACAUUCUUUUCCCCCAUAGUCUCCUAAACAACUUUUUACUCUUAUUUGAGGAUUUUUUCCAGUAGCCUGUAUGACUAUGUUUAACAGAGGACAAAUAGCAUUUAAGUAGUGUGCGUUUAUUCUUGGGAAAUACCAUUUACAAAAGUCAUAAUUUUUUCAGUCUGUUUCAGUCACUGUCUUUAAAUUAUAGAAAAGCCCUAUGAAUUACAAUACAGCAUGUAUUCCUAUACAUUUUUAUGAAGAUUGCACUUUUUUUCCUUCCCUUGUCAUUUACCUGUAAAAUAACUGUCCAGUAUUUUGUAAACCGAGACAACGGCAUUAACACCAGAUGUCCGGUUGUCUGUGACAAUCAUGUAUCACCUGGUGAUGUAAUAUAACUAUAUGUUUUGUAAAAAUAACCUGACUGAAAAACAUAUGCAUGUUCUUUGAUACAAUUAAAAUAAUGCUUAUGACUUAAGAUACAAAUUACUACAUUUUAAGAACAGGAAGAAAAAUAAUCUGAAAAUUAUCUAAGGUCACACUAUGUGUUUUUUUCAGUAAGGUUAGGACUUCUCCCUAAAAAUUCUCUGUAGGUAGGCCCUCAAUGUACACCACAAUGUGAAUAAAUUACUCUACUGGGUGA